AUGGCUUCACAGGAUGCAGCAUUGGAUUUGGAAAUUCAUUCGCGAGCCUCUAACAACGGCCCUGCCAUUACAGCCUCGAUGGCCGGGAGCGUAACAAACCUUGUCCGAGCUCGCAUAUACCAUUGUUUUAAAAUGGACGGAAAACGAUAUCAUGCCUAUAAACCAGGCAAACAUCAUCUGCCUAACGAUGAACUUGAACAAGAGGGACUAGAUCUUCAACAUCAUACUUUCUCGCUAUCUCCCGGGCAUUACAAUCCUGCACCUAAAUUAAGAAAGAAACCGACGGGUACGAAAGAGCAGCUGGUAUUGCGUCCAAGUCCAGGCCCUUGCAAGAUGGUCAGUGUACCUGCGACAUCUGCCUCAAAACCAAAACAUUGCCUGAUUGCUGGCGAUAUAUGGCUUCUAUCCUACUUCCUAUUUCUCGUCUUAUCAUCUUUUAUGUCUGUCGCUGUGGCGAACUUGGAUAGCGGCUGGAGGGUGCCUUUACUGCCAUUUCCACCUCCGCUCAUCCAUGCUGAAGCACACGGGGACAAAUCUCGGCCUUUUUUAAAAACUCAGAGCUUCACGUUGCGCCAUAUAUAUCACCGUGGAGCCACUUUGUUUCCGGAUCUCCAUCGUCGACUUGAGUUGAACCCUGCCAAAGUGAAGAAUGCAAGUCUUCAGGGCGUUGAUCUGCGUGAUGCAGGUGUUGGGUUAUAUAUGACCUCCUCAUCACUACUCAAGAUAUGGAAACUCCGAGACCGCCGAGUUGAAAAUAUCAAGGCGCUGCUCAACAGCGCCCAGUCUCGUGGAGCGGCAGCCCCGCUGCCCGACUCCGCAUGGAAAUUGAGUGAGGUACCGUCUCCUGAUAUUACAGACAAGGAGACUGUCGUGAAUUUAGCGCUGAUGGCUGCCAAUGCAUACAACCAUGAUAACACAGACCCGGACUGGGAAGAUGUCUCUAAACCUUUCAACUUAUCUUCCGACGUGGGAUGGGACAAGGAUGGACUUCGGGGCCACGUCUUUGCAGACGAAACAAACUCGACGAUCGUCCUCUCCAUAAAAGGAACCUCAUCAGCUAUCUUUGACGGGGCUGAGACGACGACAAAUGACAAGAUAAACGACAACCUAUUCGCUGGUUGUUGCUGUGGCCAGGGAACUCUGAUGGCUAAGAAAUCUUGUGAUUGUCAGACGUCAGCCUACACCUGCAACGAGAACUGCAUCUGCGAGGAAAUGCAUAAGCGGAGUCGCUACUAUCAAGCAUCCAUAGAUCUGUACGGCAACAUCACAGAACAAUAUCCCAAUGCCAAUGUCUGGCUUACAGGCCACUCCCUUGGUGGGCUUGUGACAAGCUUGCUUGGACUAACCUUUGGAAUACCCGUCGUCACAUUUGAGUCUGUUCCACAGGCCUUAGCAGCUUCUCGCCUCGGAAUCCCUUCGCCACCUCCAUAUGACUCGGCUGCCGAAGCUCGACAAAAUGGUGGCCUCUGGCAUUUUGGUCACACUGCAGAUCCGGUGUAUAUGGGAACGUGUAAUGGAGCGUCGUCACUAUGUACAAUGGCAGGCUAUGCGCUACAGUCUCAGUGCCACACCGGCUUGAGGUGCGUAUACGAUGUUGUAAAGGACCACAACUGGAGAGUUUCCCUCGCCACCCAUGGAAUCAGACCGUCUAUCAAGGAUGUAUACCGAGUAUAUGACCAGGUCCCUACUUGUGAACCCGACGAAGAAUGUGUUGAUUGCUUUGAGUGGAAAAAGGAUUAUAGCAACAUCACAAAAACAUCAACCAUGUCGAGCACCACUUCGUCACAGUCGUCAUCAUCCAAGACUCGUACACGCACAGCGACUUGCAAAACGCCUGGUUGGUGGGGGUGUCUAGAUGAAACAACAACGAUUCCAGUUUCGACGAAAACUUCGACAAUGACUCUAACAAUCACCACGUGCAAGUCAUACGGAUGGUUUGGUGGGUGCCUAGAAUCUACAACUACCACCACUACUACUACAUCAACAACAACGAUUCCAGUUUCGGCUACAACUUCGACAGCGACUCUGACAAUCACCACGUGCCAGUCAUACGGAUGGUUUGGUAGGUGCCUGGAAUCUACAACUGCCACUACUACAUCGACAGCAACGAUAGCUGCUGCAAGAGCAACGAUAGCUGCUCCAACAGCGACUGUAAAUCAGAUGCCCUUCCGUCUAGCACCCACCGACAACUACUAG